AUGUCUCUUGCGCCUCGUGUGUCCAACUCGGCGGACAGCGAAAUCCAAAAUGUUCGAAAUGAAGACCUCAUUAAGACCAGCAAUGUUCAACGGAAGCGACUUCCUCGAAGGCGAGAACCACGGAAAGGGGCACUGCCACUUCCAGAAAAAGACAGGACUAAUGGUGCCGGCUCUCCGAAACGAGAUACUGAGGCAUUCGCUAUGCUGAGACAAGCGGAUUGA